AUGCCGGCCCCGGCACCGCUGCUGCUGCUUGCCGCCCUGGCCGCCUCCGCCGCCGCUGCGGCCCGGAGAUGCGCGCCUGCCCGGGACCGUGCCUGGGACCCCGCCGGUGAAUGCCACAGGCCGCCAGCUGCACAUAGCGCCACCUGCGUGGACCUGCAGCUCAGGACCUGCAGUGAUGCUGCCUACAACCACACCACCUUCCCCACCCCGCUGGAGCACCGGUCACGGGAGGCCGUGGAGGCCAGCUCUGAGUACAUCCUGCUGAGUGUCCUGCACCACCUCCUGGAGGGCCAGUGCAACCCUGACUUGCGGCUGCUCGGCUGCGCCGUGCUGGCCCCCCGGUGUGAGGGCAGCCAGGCACUCAGGCCCUGCCGGCAUGUCUGUGAAGGCCUGCGUGAAGCCUGCCAGCCUGCCUUUGAUGCCAUCGACAUGGCCUGGCCCUACUUCCUCGACUGCCACCGCUACUUUGCACAUGAGGAAGAAGUCUGCUAUGACCCGCUGGAGAAGCUUCGGGCAGGUCUGGAGGCCGAGGAGGUGCUGCCCUCAGAGCUUCCACCAACCUUCAUACGCUUUGUCCAUCACUCCUACGCCCAGAUGGUGCGUGUGCUGAAGAGGACAGCUGCCCGCUGCGCCCACGUGGCUAAGACCUACAGCAUUGGGCGCAGCUUUGACGGCAAAGACCUCCUAGUCAUCGAGUUCUCGGGCCGCCCAGGCCAACAUGAGCUGAUGGAGCCUGAGGUGAAGCUCAUUGGCAACAUCCAUGGCAAUGAAGUGGCAGGGCGGGAGAUGCUCAUUUACCUGGCCCAGUACCUGUGCUCUGAGUACCUGCUGGGUAACCCCCGUAUCCAGCGCCUGAUCAACACCACCCGCAUCCACCUGUUGCCCUCCAUGAACCCUGAUGGCUAUGAGGUGGCAGCUGCCGAAGGUGCCGGCUACAAUGGGUGGACAAGCGGGAGGCAGAAUGCGCAGAACCUGGACCUGAAUCGCAACUUCCCGGACCUGACAUCAGAGUACUACCAGCUGGCUGAGGCCCGGGGCGUGCGCACCGACCACAUCCCCAUCCCGCAGCACUACUGGUGGGGUAAGGUGGCCCCUGAGACCAAGGCAAUAAUGAAGUGGAUGCGGACCAUCCCCUUUGUGCUCUCGGCCAGCCUCCAUGGGGGUGACCUCGUGGUGUCCUAUCCUUUUGACUUCUCCAAGCAUCCCCAGGAGGAGAAGAUGUUUUCUCCCACACCUGAUGAGAAGAUGUUCAAACUGCUGGCCAGAGCCUAUGCUGAUGUUCACCCCAUGAUGAUGGACAAGUCAGAGCACAGGUGUGGGGGCAACUUCCUGAAGAGGGGCAGCAUCAUCAACGGGGCGGACUGGUACAGCUUCACGGGAGGCAUGUCCGACUUCAACUACCUGUAUACGAACUGCUUUGAGAUCACCGUGGAGCUGGGCUGUGUGAAGUUCCCUCCUGAGGAGGCCCUCUACACGCUCUGGCAGCAUAACAAGGAGUCACUCUUGAACUUCAUGGAGACAGUGCAUCGGGGCAUCAAAGGAGUGGUGAUGGACAAGUUUGGCAAGCCAGUCAAAAAUGCCCGGAUCUUAGUGAAAGGUAUCCGGCAUGAUGUCACCACAGCCCCAGAUGGUGACUAUUGGAGGCUGCUGCCUCCAGGGUCCCACAUUGUCGUUGCCCAAGCUCCUGGCUACUCCAAGGUCAUCAAGAGAGUCACCAUCCCUGCCCGGAUGAAGAGGGCUGGCCGAGUGGACUUCAUUCUGCAGCCUCUGGGGAUGGGACCCAAGAAGUCCCUUCAGGGGCUGCGGAGGACUGGGCCUGGGCCCUGGUCCCAUGACCCACUGGGAAGUGGCAGCUCUCGGGGGGCACCCAUGGAGCCAGACCUUGAUCCCCUGGGGGCACGCAGGCAGCCUUCGGCCGGCGGGAGCAAGCCCUGGUGGUGGUCCUAUUUCACCUCGCUGAGCACCCACAGGCCACGCUGGUUGCUCAAGUACUAGAUGCAACUGCCCUCCGUCCCUGCGUCUGGGCACCUGCCUCUUGAUCUUGUCUGCCACAGAUGUCCCCCAAACCCACUGCAGUUUUAUUAAAGUGUUUUUAUUCACCUUCUACUG